GAGCUGCCCGCGAGGGGGAGCGGCCGGGCGGCUAGCGCGACUCGUCCCGGGGGUGGGGCCGGCGCGGUGGCCAGAGGAGACGAAGGUGGCCGUGGCGGCGGCGGCGGCGGCGGCAGCAGCAGCAGCGCGGCAGCCUCGAACCCGGCCCGGAGCGCAGGGCGGCCGCCGCGGCUCCCGCUCCCCCUCCCGGUGCGUCUGCCCAUGGCGGCCGCGGGGCAGCUGUGGCUGCUUUACCUGUCGGCGGGGCUCCUGCCCCGGCUCGGCGCCGCCUUCAAUUUGGACACCCGCGAGGACAGUGUGAUCCGGAAAACGGGGGACCCCGGGAGCCUCUUCGGCUUCUCGCUGGCCAUGCACCGGCAGCUGGAGCCCGAGGACAGGCGGCUGUUGCUCGUGGGGGCCCCUCGGGCGGUGGCCCUUCCACUGCAGAGGGCCAACAGAACAGGCGGCUUGUACAGCUGUGACAUCACCUCCCCCGGGCCUUGCACACGGAUUGAAUUUGAUAACGACGCUGACCCUUCAUCAGAAAGCAAGGAAGAUCAGUGGAUGGGGGUCACCGUGCAGAGCCAAGGUCCAGGGGGCAAAGUUGUGACAUGUGCUCACCGAUAUGAAAAAAGGCAACAUGUCAAUACAAAGCAGGAAUCCCGAGAUAUCUUUGGAAGGUGCUACGUCCUGAGUCAGAAUCUGAGGAUUGAGGAUGACAUGGAUGGAGGAGACUGGAGUUUUUGCGAUGGCCGAUUGAGAGGCCAUGAAAAAUUUGGUUCUUGCCAGCAAGGAGUAGCAGCUACUUUUACUAAAGACUUUCAUUACAUUGUGUUUGGAGCCCCGGGCACUUAUAACUGGAAAGGCAUUGUUCGCGUAGAGCAAAAGAAUAACACUUUUUUUGACAUGAACAUCUUUGAAGAUGGGCCUUAUGAAGUUGGUGGAGAGACUGACCAUGACGAAAGUCUGGUUCCUGUUCCCGCUAACAGUUACUUAGGCCUGCUGUUUUUGACCAGCGUUUCCUACACAGAUCCUGAUCAGUUUGUUUAUAAAACACAGCCUCCCAGGGAGCAGCCCGGCACAUCCCCUGAUGUGAUGAUGAAUAGCUACCUAGGCUUUUCUUUGGACUCAGGAAAAGGUAUUGUUUCUAAAGAUGAGAUCACUUUCGUGUCUGGUGCUCCAAGAGCCAAUCACAGUGGAGCUGUGGUUUUGCUAAAAAGGGACACGAAGUCUGCACAUCUUCUCCCUGAGUACAUCUUUGAUGGGGAAGGUCUGGCUUCUUCCUUCGGUUAUGACGUGGCAGUGGCGGACCUUAACAGUGAUGGGUGGCAAGAUAUAAUUAUUGGAGCCCCACAGUAUUUUGAUAGAGAUGGAGAAGUUGGAGGUGCCGUGUAUGUUUACAUUAACCAGCAAGGCAGGUGGAAUAAAGUCAAGCCAAUUCGUCUUAAUGGAACCAAAGAUUCUAUGUUUGGCAUUGCAGUAAAAAAUAUUGGCGAUAUUAAUCAAGAUGGCUACCCAGAUAUUGCAGUUGGAGCUCCCUAUGAUGAUAAGGGAAAGGUUUUUAUCUAUCACGGAUCCCCGAAUGGAAUAAAUACCAAGCCAACACAGAUUCUUGAGGGUAAAUCCCCUUAUUUUGGAUAUUCAAUUGCUGGAAAUAUGGACCUUGAUAGAAAUUCCUACCCUGAUGUUGCUGUUGGUUCCCUCUCAGACUCAGUAGCUGUGUUCAGGUCCCGGCCUGUGAUUAAUAUUCAGAAAACGGUCACCGUGACACCAAGCACGAUUGAUCUCCGCCAGAAAACAUUCUGUGGGGCGCCCAGCGGGAUAUGCCUCAAGGUGAAGGCCUGUUUUGAAUACACUGCCAAACCCACAGGUUACAAUCCUUCGAUAACCAUUUUGGGCACACUUGAGGCUGAAAAGGAGAGAAGGAAAUCUGGGCUGUCAUCAAGAGUUCACUUUCGAAACCAAGGCUCUGAGCCCAAGUAUACGCAAGAGCUAACUCUGACCAGGCAGAAGCAGAAGGAGUGCAUAGAGGAGACCCUCUGGCUCCAGGAAAAUAUCCGAGAUAAACUGCGUCCCAUUCCGGUAACUGCUUCAGUAGAGAUCCAAGAGCCAAACACGCGGAGGAGAGUGAACUCACUUCCAGAGAUUCUUCCCAUUCUGAAUUCAAACGAACCCAAGACAGUUCAGAGAGAUGUGCACUUCUUAAAAGAGGGAUGUGGAGACGACAAUGUAUGUAACAGCAACCUUAAACUAGAAUAUAAAUUUUGUACCCGAGAAGGAAAUCAAGACAAGUUUUCUUACUUACCAGUUCGGAAAGGUGUACCAGAACUAGUUCUGAAAGACCAGAAGGACAUUGCUUUAGAAAUAACAGUGACCAACGGCCCUUCCGAUCCAAGGGCGCCCGCGAAGGACGGAGAUGACGCUCACGAGGCCAAGCUCGUGGCAGCUUUUCCCGACACUCUCACUUACUCGGCGUACCGAGAACUGCGGGCCUUCCCCGAGAAGCAGCUGAGUUGUGUUGCCAAUCAGAACGGCUCGCAAGCGGACUGUGAGCUUGGAAAUCCCUUCAAAAGAAAUUCCAGUGUGACUUUUUAUUUGAUUUUAAGUACAACUGAGGUCACCUUCGACACCACAGAUCUGGAUAUUAAUAUGAAGUUGGAAACAACAAGCAAUCAAGAUAAUUUGGCUUCAAUUACAGCUACAGCAAAAGUGGUUAUUGAACUGCUUUUAUCGGUCUCUGGAGUUGCUAAACCUUCCCAGGUGUAUUUUGGAGGUACAGUUGUUGGUGAGCAAGCUAUGAAAUCUGAAGAUGAGGUGGGAAGUUUAAUAGAGUAUGAGUUCAGGGUAAUUAACUUGGGUAAACCUCUUAAAAACCUUGGCACAGCAACCUUGAAUAUCCAGUGGCCAAAAGAAAUUAGCAACGGCAAAUGGUUGCUUUAUUUGGUGAAAGUAGAAUCCAAAGGAUUGGAAAACAUAGCUUGUGAGCCACGAAGUGAAAUAAACUUCCUGAACCUAAAGGAGUCUCACAGCUCAAGAAGGAAACGGGAAAUUGCUGAAAAACAGAUAGAUGAGAGCGGAAAAUUUUCUUUAUUUGCUGAAAGAAAAUAUCAGACUCUUAACUGCAGCAUGAACGUGAACUGCGUGAACAUAAGCUGCCCGCUGCGAGGGCUGGACAGCAAGGCCUCUGUCGUUCUGCGCUCGAGGUUAUGGAACAGCACGUUUCUAGAGGAAUAUUCCAAAAUGAACUACUUGGACAUUCUCACGCGGGCUUCCAUUGAUGUAGCCGCCGCAGCCGAGAACAUCAAGCUGCCAAACGCAGGCACUCAGAUUCGUGUGACUGUGUUUCCCUCAAAGACCAUAGCUCAGUAUUCAGGAGUACCUUGGUGGAUCAUCUUAGUGGCUAUACUCGCUGGGAUUUUGAUGCUUGCUCUCUUAGUGUUUUUACUAUGGAAGUGCGGAUUCUUUAAACGCUCUAGGUACGAUGAUAGCGUUCCCCGCUACCAUGCUGUGAGGAUCCGGAAGGAAGAGCGGGAGAUCAAAGAUGAAAAAUACAUCGAUAACCUUGAAAAAAAACAGUGGAUCACAAGGUGGAAUGAAAAUGAAAGCUACUCCUAAAAGGGGCC